CCAAAGCUUCCAUCUCCACCCAAAACAAAACCCUCCACCAUCUCUCUCUCUCUCUCUAGAAACCAAGUUCAUUAAUGUUCUUUUCUUCUCGUAUGUUCUGUCUUUUGCUUUGCUUUUGAUCAUCAUCAGCCUGUGAGAUCUGGAUCUCUUCUCCCUCCUUCUUCUUCUUCUUCUCACGUAGCUCCAGCUUUAUAAAAACCCUAGCAAGCAUGUAAUUUAGUCCAUCUCUCUCUCUCCAUUUCUCAUCCACAAAAAAAAAAAAAAAAAAAAUAGUGAUCGAAUUGCCGAUGAGUUCCAUUUAUUAGUGUAUCGUUUUCAAGGUCCAGGUCCUGGCGAAGUCUAAGGCAACAGUGUAAUCCCAACUCUAUAAAAAACCUUCAAAUCAUGUAAUUUCGUCCCCAACCCUUUAAAAAACCCUAAAAACAAGUAGAAUUUCAGUAUCGUUUUCCUUUUCUCAAUCCUUGAAAAAACCAAAAAAAAAAAAACAAGAGAGAGAGAGAGAUGGCUCCUCCGGAUGCAGAGGCGGCGGCUACAGCCGGAUAUUCAGCGCCGGCGACACCGGGGACGCCGGGGACUCCGGGAGGGCCGUUGAUAUCGGCGAUGAGAGUGGACUCUUUGUCGUACGACCGGAAGUCGAUGCCGAGGUGCAAAUGCUUGCCCGUCACUGUUCCCACGUGGGGUCAGCCCCACACGUGCUUCACCGACUUCCCCUCCCCCGACGUCUCCCUCUCCCGCAAGCUCGGAGCUGAGUUCGUGGGAACAUUCAUCCUGAUAUUCGCUGCAACAGCCGGACCGAUCGUGAACCAGAAGUACAAUGGCGCGGAAACUCUCAUAGGCAAUGCGGCAUGCGCAGGGCUGGCCGUCAUGAUCAUAAUUCUCUCGACCGGACACAUCUCCGGAGCUCACCUGAACCCGUCUCUCACCAUCGCCUUCGCGGCUCUUCGCCACUUCCCCUGGGCCCACGUCCCGGCCUACAUCGCGGCUCAGGUCUCGGCCUCCAUUUGCGCUUCCUUCGCCCUGAAGGGCGUGUUCCACCCUUUUAUGUCCGGAGGGGUUACUGUCCCUUCCGUCGGCAUCGGACAGGCCUUUGCUCUCGAGUUCCUCAUCACUUUCAAUCUCCUCUUUGUCGUCACUGCUGUUGCCACCGAUACUCGUGCGGUUGGAGAACUAGCAGGCAUUGCUGUCGGAGCCACGGUCAUGCUCAACAUCCUUGUCGCUGGACCCUCGAGUGGAGGUUCGAUGAACCCAGUGAGAACACUAGGGCCAGCGGUUGCAGCCGGGAACUACAAGGCGAUAUGGAUAUACCUGGUGGCUCCAACGCUCGGUGCGGUGGCUGGUGCGGCGGUCUACACCGGCGUCAAGCUCAGCGACAGUGAGGCCGACCCGCCUCGCCAGGUCAGGAGCUUCCGCCGUUGAUUUAUCAAAGUCUUUGCCUUUUUUUGUGUGUGUGUGGUGAAUAAGAAGCGAUGUGACCAAAAGUCAAAUGCGAUUUGCAUCGUUAGUUACUUACAUCUCCGAUGCAAUGUGUCUGUUACUGUCAGUUUGUGGUUUUGUCGUGUCCUUUCGUUGUUUGUUGUUUUGCUGCUGUCUUUCGUAAAAAGAUUAUUGUGUUUGUGUGUGAUUAAUAAAAGUUAAAACUUUAUAUA